AUGGGCUCUGUGACGUCCGCCCUGACCAGACGGACCAGACACGCGUUGGUCAAAGUUGGUUCAGAACCCGAGCACGAGACUGACCGGAGCCACUCCGCACCGGAGUCUGACCGCGGGAGGAAGAGGAGCGUGCGCCUCAACGUCUCCUCCUCGAACCAGUCGCUGUUGGAGGAGCGGAACGCGCCAGAUGCCGGUGGCGGGAGGGUCAUGGUGGGAACUUCACAGAGCGCUCUCGAGCCGUCUGGUAACGGGCUCAACGGUUCCAAGUCCCAGAGUGCAUUGUGGUCACCCAUGGCGGCAGGGAUUGGCAUGAGAGACAGAGAGAUGAAGGUUCUAGACCUUCGUAGCCCCGAGGAGGUCCUGGCUGAUGAAUUUCCUGCUUCUAUCGGGCCAGACGCCACAGAGAAGACUGCUACCAGUGUCCUGUCCUCCUGUAGGUUGAGAUGCCUGGUGAAACAGCUGGAGAGGGGAGAGGUGUCUCUGGUGGACCUCAAGAAGAACCUGGAGUAUGCUGCCACUGUUCUGGAGUCAGUUUAUAUAGAGGAGACCAGGCGAUUGGUCGAUACAGAGGAUGAGCUGAGCGAUAUCCAAUCAGAGUCUGUGCCUUCAGAGGUGCGUGAUUGGUUGGCAUCUACAUUCACCCGUCAGAUGGGUUUGAUGCUGCGGCAGACCGAGGAGAAACCGCGCUUCAGGAGCAUCGUUCACGCUGUGCAGGCUGGUAUCUUCGUAGAGAGGAUGUACAGACGAAGUUCUAACCUGGUGGGACUCAGCUGCCCUCCUUCUGUUAUAGCAGUACUGAAGCACGUUGAUAAGUGGUCGUUUGAUGUGUUUGCUCUGAACGAGGCCAGUGGAGACCACGCUCUCAAAUUCAUCUUCUACGAACUACUUAACAGAUACGACCUCAUCAGCAGAUUCAAGAUCCCCAUCUCAGCCGUGGUCUCGUUCGUAGAAGCUCUAGAGGAGGGCUACAGUAAACACAACAACCCCUACCAUAACCUGAUGCACGCUGCAGACGUUACUCAGACAGUACACCAUCUACUGCUGAAGACUGGCAUCAUGCAUUGGUUGACCGAGCUAGAGAUCUUUGCCAUGAUCUUUGCAGCAGCGGUUCACGACUACGAACACACUGGAACCACCAACACCUUCCACAUCCAGACCAGAUCAGACACAGCGAUCCUGUACAAUGACCGGUCAGUCUUAGAGAGCCACCAUGUCAGCGCAGCAUACCGCCUCCUACAGGACGAUGGUGAGAUCAACAUACUAUGCAACCUGUCUAACGACGACUGGAGAGAGCUGAGGGGCCUAGUAGUACAGAUGGUUCUGGCAACAGACAUGUCCUGUCACUUCCAGCAGGUCAAACAUAUGAAGAACUUCCUCCAGCAACCAGAGGGGAUUGAUAAACCCAAAGCCCUCUCUCUGCUGCUUCAUACAGCUGAUAUCAGCCACCCAGCUAAGAAAUGGGACCUGCACCACCGCUGGACAGCAUCACUUCUGGAGGAGUUCUUCAGACAGGGUGAUAAGGAGGCGGAGCUAGGACUGCCCUUCUCUCCUCUGUGUGACCGCAAGUCAACCAUGGUGGCCCAGUCACAGAUAGGGUUUAUAGAUUACAUCGUGGUUCCAACCUUCACUGUGUUGACAGACAUGACGGAGAAGAUUGUCAUUCCUCUCAUCGACGAGGCGUCACUCAGCCUGGCAGGGUUCAGACGCUCCAGUCUAAACACUAUUCGCUGUGAGGAUGCUAAGCGUGGUAGUGUAAAGAGUACAGGGUCAGAGGGCAGUCCUACUGGACAUUAUUCUCUACUGGCUGUGGACCUGAACAACUUCAAGGCUCUGUGGAAUGAACAGGUUUAUCAGAACAGAGAGAGAUGGAAGACACAGGCCACUAAAGAGACACAGGAGAAGGCCAGAAGGGAGGCUGAGGAGGAGAAAGUUCUGCAGGAAGACACGAUGGAACCCCAGGAGGGACAAACUGAACCAGAGCUGGGAGAUACAGAGACACAGACAGAUGCACAGAGGAGACCGCAGAGAGAGAUGGUGUGA